AUGGCAUCUUCCGGUAACGGUACAACUGCAGGAACAGGUUCACCAUGUGGUGCAUGCAAGUUCUUGAGGAGGAAGUGUGCAUCAGAUUGUAUAUUCGCACCGUACUUCUCAUCGGAGCAAGGAGCAGCAAGAUUCGCAGCUAUUCACAAGGUGUUUGGAGCAAGCAACGUCUCUAAGCUCUUGCUUAAUGUUCCAAUCCAUGAUCGAUGCGAAGCGGUUGUCACGAUCGCCUACGAAGCUCAGGCUCGUCUUCAUGACCCUGUUUAUGGUUGUGUCUCUCAUAUCUUUGCCCUCCAACAACAGGUGGCUUACUUGCAAUCACAAGUCAUGCAAAUGAAGGUACAGAUCGCCGGCCACCAGACGUCAUCCGCCGGAGAUCUAAGUAACAGCUCGGAGAGUACUCGCCAAUACAUGACGUGGCAACAAACCAGUGGCUCUCCUAUCGGUAGUGCAUACUCAACAGCGUAUAAUCAGCAACAUUCCUACUACGGCCACGUAAACCCUAACAAUCCAGUCUCGCCACAGAGCUCGAUAGAAGAAUCUUUCAGCAACACGAGCAGUGAUGUUACCACAACAGCUAACGUGCGAGAGACUCAUCAAACCGGAGGAGACGUAUACGGUCAAGGCGGACUAGGGUUUCACGAAGGUUAUUCUAACAAGAAGAGAUCAGUGAGUUAUUGUAAUGGCGAUGUAGGUGAGCUCCAGGCUUUGGCUCUUAGAAUGAUGAAGAACUAA